GAAUCUUCAUGACUCUGCCCUGCUCUGAGAGAUGUUCUGGUUUGGUCAGAUGGACUGUGUUCCAUAAACCCACUGAUGUUCUGGCUGAGUGUGAUCAUACUUCAUGUAGAUCAAAGGAGGGAUAUCAGAUGAUCCGUGAUCAGUACCUGAAGGGGAAUCUCUCUCUCAUCAUCACUGAAGCUGAUCUCACUAAGAGAUCCUGGUACACAUGUGACUGUGAUGGUAAAGACGUCUGUGAUGUGACUCUACAGAUUGAGCCUUUAAAUAAUACUGUUCAGAUAAAGCCUGGGGAUUCUCUGGUCCUGGAUUUGGAGAUACCAGAAGAAGUGGAGGUGAUUUAUAAAAGCACAGAUGCAGCUGGACAAUCCAGUGGUCAGAUCUGUAUAGUGCCUGGCCGCUCACUACAGUGUAAACCUCAAUACAUACAGAGAGCAUCUCUAAUAUCUGCUCUAGAGCUGAGAGGAGUGACCCCAUCUGAUAGUGGAGUUUAUACUGUAAUGGACAAAUUGAAUCAAGAAGUGAUUCACACCUACACAGUGACCGUGGAGUCAGCAGGGGGAAGAGAUAAAGUGAAGGAUGACCAUCCAGAUCUGGACACAGAUAAAGGAGCUGCUGUUCCAGUGUGGGUUUUUGCACUGGUGGUCGCUGUACUUGUAGCUGUGAUUGUGGUGUUAGUGGUGCUGAUUGUGCGGCUGAGGAGAGAAAUUCAGCAGCUCCGGAUGAAAGAAAGAAAAGAACAGUUUUAA